CUACAGGUUGAAUUCCAGCUGUUCGCGCUGUGCCUGUCGUUUGGCGAAGCACAAGAAAGGGAAGCACCGCACGGACCUUCACCCGCAACAUGGCUGGGAAAAUUCAGAUUCUUACUAUGGAGGAGAGGGAGCACCUCCUGCCCAUGCUGAGGAGUGCUCAGUGGGUGGAGGUGGUGGGAAGGGAUGCCAUUUACAAGGAGUUCCUCUUCAAAGACUUCAACCAGGCUUUUGGCUUUAUGUCCAGAGUAGCACUACAGGCUGAAAAAAUGGAUCAUCACCCUGAAUGGUUUAAUGUGUAUAAUAAGGUUCAGAUUACUCUGAGUACUCAUGAGUGUGGAGGACUCUCACAGCGUGAUGUCACCCUUGCAACCUUCAUAGAUCAGGCCUCAGUAUUUUGAGUGAACCCUCUCUCAAUAGAGCUUGUCAGAUGACCUCUCAGCAGCCUUUAAAUCUGGACCAAAAAGACUGACUUCAUGCAACAUGAUUUUCACUAUCAGUUUUGACUGUGUAGUCUCCUACAAGUCUGCCUGUUACUAUCAAUCCUUUCUCAAGAAGUAUUAAUGGAGUGGUUAGGAGAACUUUUGUAUUAAGUCAUUUCAAAUCCACAGAAUAUAACAAUUUUAAAGAACACUAAAGAGACAGAGUGAAGCACUAAGUAUUACUUUGUCAUAUGGCCUAUUGUAUUUUUUUAAACCAAAAUGUAUGGUGCCUUUAUUUUAUUGUUGAUGUGGGAAAUGUCUGAGAUCUGUAAUCCCGCUUACAGGAUCCAGUGAUUAAAUGGCAGACUUGGUUCCUCAAAAAUGAACUGUAUUAAACAGUAAACAUUUGGUGACAUUGACUUUGUGAGAUCAAUGGAUCAUACGUCAAAUCACUUGCCUACAAUGGCACAAAAACUUGCCAUUUUCCGAAAUGCUUUUUCAAAACUUACAAAUCUUUUAUCUUCAGUUAUCUAGGAACUGAAAUCCCUAUACAGGAAAAUGUUACCAUAAAAGAUGAACGGUAUGCUUCUUUUGAAUAAAUAUGUUUAAAAUAAUGUAAACUCCCAUGAGAUGAAGAUUUCAGUCAUAUCAGUAUUCUAAGAAAAUACAUUUACAUACAGCGUGUGAUCACACAAGUAUUCGGCUGGUCAUGUGAUCCUAACAUAGCCCCCAUGUGUGGACCCCAUCCAUGUAGAAUAAAACGGCUUUUAUAAGGUUACUGAUAUCACUGGAGUCU